GGGUCUGCAACAAGUUUAGCCACAGGAGUAGCUCCAUCAUUUCAGAUUUGGUCGUUGGGAGUAGGCUGGGUCGAGGCUAUGGAACACCUGUCACAUGCACCAUUUCUACGUGCUAGAGCCAGAAGGCGUGUGCAUCGCACGUGCCACCAGGGCAAGGGGCUCUUGGAUCAAGCAGUGAAGCCUUGCCUUCUUUCUUUCCCCUGCGCUUUUAGCACCUCCCUGUGAAGCAGCCCAUCGUAGUCUGGAGCUGCGCUGCGAAGCAAAUAGCAAUGGCUGGCUCUCUCUCCAAGUCCUCCCUCUUCUCAGGCUUACGCUUCCACUCCCAGAAGGGGGAGCCAGGGCUCCAUCUCCCGCGCCGCGGAUACCACAUCGAGCUCGGAGCUCGCGAGAAGGCGCUCCUGGAAGAAGAUCCCGCGCUAAAGAAGUUCAAAUCGUACAAGAAUACUGUGAAGCGUGUAUCGAAAGUUGGGGAUGCCCUUACCGUGAUUGUUGUAGCUGCGUGCAGCUAUGAGAUUUAUGCAGUGGCGGCAACAAGAAGGGAGCAAAGGCAGCCCUGAUGAUGUCCAGUUUGCCUAAUAAAAUGGUUUUCCGUUCAUCUUAUGUGCUUUUUCGGACUGCCUUUAGCAUUGCUUUGUCAGACAGCAUCAGAAAUCAUUAUAAAACAUCAGCCAUGGUUGGAAAAAAAUGAUACUUGAAAUGGUUUUAUUUUUCAUAUUGCAGUCAGUUUUUGUUUGGAAAAGAAUCAUAUGUUCUAAAUUGAGGAUCUAGUUUCCCAGAUUGUUAAACGAGUUUCUGAUCAUUUGCUGAUAAGUUAUGCUUCGACAGGCACUGCACACUCAAAGACUGUAUGAGAGGAAUGAGACAGUGCUUUAGAUAUUAUCACCGGCAUUACAUUUAGAUUCAUUUGACCA